AUUGACUAUACAGGAACAGAGCCUUCUAGUCCCUGCAACAAAUGCCUAAAUGUGUCCUGGGACAGCACACCGCCUUGUACUUGCACCAUCAAUUUCACACUGGAACAUUCGUUUGAGAGCAAUGUAUUCAUGUAUUACGGACUUUCCAACUUCUAUCAAAAUCAUCGUCGUUACGUGAAAUCUCGAGAUGACAGCCAGCUAAAUGGAGACAACAGUUCGUUACUUAAUCCAAGUAAGGAAUGUGAGCCUUACCGCACAAACGAGGACAAACCCAUUGCUCCUUGUGGAGCUAUUGCCAACAGCAUGUUUAAUGAUACAUUGGAAUUGUACCGCAUUGAUAAUGACACAAGGACUCCUAUUACUUUGAUUAAAAAAGGCAUUGCAUGGUGGACAGAUAAAAAUGUAAAGUUCAGGAAUCCGACAGGAGAUGGAAAUAACUUAACUGCGCUUUUCCAAGGCACAACAAAACCUGUAAACUGGCCCAAGCCAGUGUAUAUGCUGGACCCGGAGCCUGACAACAACGGCUUCAUCAAUGAGGACUUCAUUGUGUGGAUGCGUACUGCUGCUCUGCCAACGUUUCGCAAGCUGUAUCGUCUCAUUGAAAGGAAGAAUAAUUUGCAGCCCACCUUGCAGGCUGGAAAAUACUCUUUGGACAUUGCAUACAAUUAUCCUGUACACAGUUUUGACGGACGGAAAAGAAUGAUCUUAAGCACCAUCUCAUGGAUGGGAGGCAAAAAUCCCUUUCUGGGAAUUGCUUACAUCACUGUUGGUUCCAUAUGCUUCUUCUUAGGAGUUGUAUUGCUGAUAAUCCAUCACAAAUAUGGAAAUCGAAACACUAGCGCAGACAUUCCCAAUUAAUCUUGCAUUCUGAAAACAAAUGUACUGCAUGUGCAUCAAGGCCAGUCCAGAAUGGACCCAGUUUUGGAAAGAUAAAUCUCUGCUUCUGUCAGUUCUGAGACUGGGUGCAUAGUUUUUAUCUAAAGCGCUCAUUUCCCAUGCUGUGGAUUGACUCUUGAAAAUGACGGGUGUACAAUUAGUUAUUGAUUGUAUCUCUGCCUGUGUCAGAAACAAUUUUCCUGGUAUUUGCCUCUAACUGGGCAAAAAAAACUGAGCUCCUGUUCCCUUGAUGCAUCUGCUGCUUGUUCAUGUGCUGUGUAAUGUCGGUAUGAUUCAGUGCAUGUAGAUUGUGUGGAGAAAGACUGUUAUAAGAUACUGUAAAUUGUUAACUUUCUGGAAUUCAGGUGUCAGUGCUGUUGGAAGGAAAAGUCAAGUCUUCAGUGUUUUUCCAUUUACUGUCUUGUGUGCAUGGGCUUUUACAUUUCUUGCUGAGAUUUUAAUAUAUUUAUAUAAGUUGUUAAAUAUUUUUUUCCUGUGUCCUACCCACCUAUGUUGUGUUAAAUCCUUUAAGUGCUAUGUAAA